AGGCUUCAAAACAUUAUACACUAGUUCCAGUAGAAUGGUUAAAAAAUGUAUUGUUUUGGGCUGCACGUCACUGCGAAGUGAAACAAAACAUUUUGGGUUUCCUAAGGAUGAAAAAUUAAUUAAAAAAUGGCUGCAUGCUUGCCUUGGUCCAGGAUAUAAAAUAGAAUUCAACCCAAAUGUUGCAGUUGUGUGUGAAAAACACUUUAGUUCUAAACAAAUGCAACGCAACCUCAAGUACGAGUUGCUUGGAAUCACCCCAGGACGUAGCUACCGACCUAUAAAAGUGGAUGCUGUACCAGAUCAAUUUUUGCCACAACAAAAUUGUGGUUCAAAUCUCUUGCAAGAUGAAACUGAGCUCAUACAGCGACCAAAUGGAAGAAGUGCAAGAAAAGUUAAAUUCAAGAAAUCCUCCUGCAGCUGUUGUGAUCAUUCAACUCAUCAUCCAAAUCAGGACAGAAAAAUGAAGAUACAAAAACCUAAUUUGGAGAGCCAACAGAAAAAUAGUAAACUAGUUGCACAUUCUGAUGCAAAAGAAAAUCUUGAGAAAACUAAUGAAAAUUUUCCAGGAUCAUCGGGAGAGCUUGAUGUCAAGAUAGAUCCUGAAGUUGAUGGCAUAGAGAAGUUUUUAAAUGUGGAGCUGUUACAAGGAGACUGGGCAAACCUCAAGCCGUGUUCUGUCAAACUAGAGCCAUUGUGGCAGGAUUUGCUAUCACCUGAGAAUCUUAUUCUGAAAAAUGAGGAUGUUCAAGUGAAGGAAGAAUUUGACAGUGAUGAAAAACCUCCGAACACUGUUGAUGUUCUACCCUCGCUUAUUGGCAUCAAACGGAAAUGCCCUGAGGAGCCUUCAACUGGACUUGGCAAGAAUAAGUGGGCACGCAUACAUGCAGCUGAUGUCACCUCUCCUGUCAACGCUGCUGAGGUCACCUCUCCUGUCAAUGCAGCUGAUGUCACCUCUCCUGUCAACGCUGCUGAGGUCACCUCUCCUGUCAAUGCAGCUGAUGUCACCUCUCCUAUCAACGCUGCUGAGGUCACCUCUCCUGUCAAUGCAGCUGAUGUCUCCUCUCCUGUCAACGCUGCUGAGGUCUCCUCUCCUGUCAACGCUGCUGAGGUCACCUCUCCUGUCAUCACAGCUGAGGUCUCCUCUCCUGUCAAUGCAGCUGAUGUCAUCUCUCCCGUCAACGCUGCUGACGUCACCUCUCCUGUCAACGCUGCUGAGGUCACCUCUCUUAUCAACAUACCUGACAUACAUUUUGCUGUCAGCACAGACGUCAACUCUCCGGUCACUACAGAUUUCAAGAUUCCUUCAGCCUGCAAUAAGACCAGGAGUCAGCCUAAAGCUUAUACCACGCCGGCUGCUGCCAAAACAAAAGCUUCGUUGACACAAAAAACGGUGCGUUCAACUUUUCAAUUCAAGCAAUGGGCGGGCAGACUGCGUGGCGAGCUCGCCCUCCUGCACCCUCAGCUCAGUGCAGUGGAGCUGGAAGAUAAACUUAAGGAAGAACUCUGGGCUCUGCUGCCAAAGAAGUCCAUCAAAAUCAGUAAAUGGGAAGAGAAAACCAUCAGGUUGGAGCUUGGACUUCCAUUGAAUCCAGAAACCAACCCAACGGACACCAUUCCAAGCAAUAGUCGUCCAGCAGUCAAGACCAGACACUCCUUCAACAUCCCUAAGAAAAAAAACUGCCACUUUUUCAAAAUAGCUCAAGUAAAAACCAGCUCCGACUUCCCUGAGACAGAGCAAAGCCACUCAUCCGGAAUCUCUGAAAUAAAGACCAACUCCAACGCAACAACUGACAGUGAUGGUAUGAGCUCCAUCAUCGAAAAAGUAUCAAAUAAUAAUGAAUUAAAUAAUGACUCUACUAAAAGUAUAUUUCAUCUUGAUAAUCAAUCUAAGACGACUGUGAUCGGCUAUCCUUUAUGUGACGAAACGGCAUAUAAAACUACUGCGACAAUGACCACGCCUACUAGUCGUGCUGCAGCUACUACCACCUCUGCCAACACUGCCACUACUACCACCUCUGCCACUACUACCACCUCUGCCAACACUGCCAUCUCUAUCCCCGCCUCCGCUACUUCAACUAUUGCCACCACUACCUCAAAUUCAGCUACGAACGAGACCUCAUUGAACAUAGAUGCACCGAUGGUCAUUAACAUAUCUUCUACUGGCCAACUAGAUUCUAUCAGUGUAAAAGAUGGCGGAGUUUCAGCCACUUCGCUAACUGCUACUCGUACCACCAUUAAUGAUGGUGAAUCAACUACCCUCCGCACCACUCAUGACGGUAGUGAACAAAGAAAAAUUUCUAUCUCGCAAGCAUCUGGUAGUAUCAAGCUGCAUGCAAUAACCAUCGCUACCAAGAAAUUUACAAAGAAAUUGAAAUUGACCUCGAAUGAUUCAGCUGACCAACUUGAUUUUAACCCUAGUUUCUACGGACAAGAUUCAGGAUCGAUCACUCCCUCUACCGUCGCUUCUGGGUCCCAUGGUCGUACGAAAGCUUCAUAUUCGAAGUUACUGAGAGCUGACUUUCCUUGGUCAGAUUUUGAAGUAGGAGACGCGAAUGAGGACUCAACUAUGGACAACGACCGCCCACAAAUAACUUGGAGUCAAGACUCAAUCCCUGUGCCACCGAAACGUCUACACUGGACUACCGGUUUCACAGACCACCUUCUGAAUUUAAAUGAUCCCAGUCCGUAUGAUAUUUUUCGACUCUUGAUUUCAGAAGACGUGAUCAAGUUGUUGGUCACCCAAACUAACUUGUACGCAGCUAGCAAAAAUAAUUCAUUCAAGUGCACUCACGCGUCUGAAAUGCGCACGUUCCUUGGAAUUUGUAUUUUCAUGGGCCUCAAUCGACUGCCACAAGUGUGUGAUUAUUGGAGUGCCGUGCCAUACAUGCAUAACCACUUCAUAGCUCAAUUGAUGACCCGAGAUCGGUACGUGUGGUUUCUUAACAACAUUCACGUCAAUUUCAAUGAAGUGUGUACGUCUGACGAUAAUCUCUUUGUUGAAGAGCUUAAACCAAUUCUUGAGAUCAUAUUACCCAAUUUUCAAAAGUUCCACCACUGUAGCAGGAGCCUUGUUCUUACCAAGUCUGAAAGUCCAAAUGAACCUGGAUCAAAUAAUUUAGUACAGCACCCUGAAUGUCAACGCCACCAAAUGUGGGUGCUGAUGGACCAGUCGAGCUACGUGCACAACCUUUGCCUAGUAGAGAAGCAAAGAAAACGUUCCAUCUCUCGUGAGCUUUUGGAACAAACAGCGAUGUUGCUCACGUGCAAUAUUGAAGACAGCAACCACCUUCUGUACCUCGAUCCUGAGAUGACCAACGUCAGGAUACUCGAAAAGUUCAAACGCAUGGGCAUCAACGCUUGCGGGCCUGUUGAAAAUUCUCUGGAAACGUCGUGCCCAGAUUUCAAUUUUAAAAAGACCAGUGUUGGGAGCGAAAAAUCUUGGCUAACCUGCUCUUCGGGUAUUGCUGCCAUAAAGUGGAGCAGAAAUCGAACCUUUGCUACCAACUUCCACAACCCAGUACAAAAAGUUUCUGUUGAGGGUGAGGAAUCAAUGUAUGAAAUCCCUUCAGGCGUCGCCGAUUAUUUCUUGAAAACCAAAGUGAAAGAAUUACAUCAACAAAAUAUCAGCAAUUGCCGUCUGUCUUACUCAGGGAGAAAGUCCUGGCUGAGAGACUUUUUCCAUGUAAUGGAUAUUGCCAUUGUCAAUGCUUAUUUGCUCUUCAGUCAUUUUGUUCCUACAAUGUCGCUCAAAGUGUUUCGUAGUUUGUGCGCGGGAGGAUUAGUGAAGGAACGACUUGUUCAACUGAAAAAAAAUGCAAGAAAAAACAAGGCUGUAAGCUGCUAGCUCUUGCGUUGCAGAUUCUCGGCCAUUUGCCAGUGCUGUUCAGAGCACAUUCCAACCAAUUUAAUCAAGCAGUGGAAUUAUUGAUUUUAAGUUUCUUUUGGAAGUGCAACAAUAUCAGUAGAGAGUUUUUUAAUGCAUUUUGCUGGUUUCAGCAGCUAUUACCGAAGGAAGGUACUUUUUUAUUUCAUUAUCUCAUAAGGUGAACAACUUUUUUUGCAGAUAUAUUAUAAAAGUUUCGCGUUUUUUUCUUCCUGGUACAGGCGGUACAACGUCAUUGUAGUAAAAAAAAACUCAAUUUUCAUGAUUUUAUUUCAAGUCGGUAUAACCGAUCGGAAGAUAACAAAACACAGUUGUCAGACACGUGAUUAUCCCCUAGGCGUAGUAACGCAUCACAUGAUCGACACGUGCAACUCCAAAUCGAUGGAUCUAUUACACAUUUUCCAGAAAUUCUUUUCACCGCGACCAAACCAAUGCAGUAAAUUCAUGUGACAGUAAAUAUUUCAAGCUUAAAGACUAACAGAUGAAUGGUUUGUUGUUAAACAAAUCUGUAGUCAGGCUAAAUAAUUAUUUCAACCAAUAAACUUCUAACCAAUCAUGAAUCGCACGUUCUGUUUAUCAAAAGCAGUUACACUACUACAGUACUACUAAUGUCCAAUGUAGACAGCAAAAAUCCACAUUUAAUCUCUUAAAAUUCAACCCACCGUUUGUUAAUGUAGCCAUCAAAACUGAAAUAAGAGAAACCUAAGUUAUGGAAAUCACUAGAGUUUUCAUACCACAGAAGAAUAACAAUAAACUUUAGCAUUGUUUGAAUAUAUGCAUCAGUUCAUUCAGCUCUACUGCAGGACGCGACACCUGCAGUUUAUUUCCACUUGCCGGAAUUUAGUUCCAUUAAUGUGCCUACAGUCCGUCAGAGGUACCCCUGCUCAUGGUUGAAUUAAUACAAUAUAUUUAUUCAGCCAU